AUGGCCGCUGGUGAAGAAGCCGCCGAGGGAUACGAGUGUUCGUUCGUGGAGACGCCUCCCGAAGGUAUCGACACGGAGUGUCCGAUAUGCCUGCUGGUCCUGAGGCAGCCUUCCCAGAUCGAGUGCUGCGGCCGAGUCUUCUGCACCGGCUGCUUGCAGAGGGCCCUGGGAGACAGCGACGACCGCUGCCCGAUGUGCAACGCGCGCGCACCUCGCGUGUUUACGGAUCAGAACUUUCGCCGCAUUCUCGCCGGGUUCCGUGUCUACUGCGUGCACAGGUCAUGUGGCGAAGGAGAGAGAGGGUGCCAGUGGACUGGAGAGCUGGGACAGCUGGGCAGCCACCUGAACCCCAAUCAGAACCAAGAAGGCUGUCUAUUUGUUAACGUCACAUGCAGUUUGUGCGUGAAGCGAUGAAGCGAUCCAGUCUCCUCCAAUAACACCAAGAGUCGGACUGUCCCAAACGAAGCUAUUCCUGUCCUCACUGCCACAUCCAGAGAAACUACGACUACAUUGUCAACAGCCACUUGGACGAGUGUCCGUGCUACCCCUGUCCGUGCCCCCACUGUUACCAACUAUUUGAACUACGAACUCCAUUUCCACAUUGACAACGAGUGCAUCUUGCCUCCCGUCCCAUGUCCAUUCAGACCAGUCGGUUGUCAGGAAGAUCUCCUGAGAUUUGAGCUGGCCACCCAUAUCAAGACGAGUGCGGCGAUCCAUGCGCAACUGUUACUUGAGGCCGGGAGAGGCAAUUGGGAGCAUAUUGCUCUCUAUAGGAGCAGUUUGGAGGAAAUUUGUCGCGAGAAUUCAGAGCUGUCGUCGCAGGUUGCUGCGUUUACCGUGCAACAAGAUAGAGAUAAAAAGAGAAUCAAAAGCCUUCACCUAGCUCUCUUUGUUCUCAUCGGAGUACUAAUUCUAACCAAAAGCAUUCACCUAGCUCUCUUUGUUCUCAUCGGAGUACUGAUUCUAGCCUUGGCAACCACAUAGCUGCAACAAGAUGGAUGCAAUUAUUUUGCAACAUCAACCAUCUAGGCUUUACAUUGUACAAUGUCAUCAUUUCAGUUUGGUAAAAAACAUUUUCACACUCAUACUGUAUGCAGUAAGUCAUUUUGUCCUCAGUUCACUGCUGGUAUAAUCUUA